GCAGUGGCGGCCUCUGCGCCGCCCGCGCAGGCGCAGUGGCGGCCGCCGGCCCGUGAGGAGAAGCCCCUCGCUGAGGAGAGACUUGGGGGGAGCGGGAGAGGUGGCCAUGACGAAGCUGGCCCAGUGGCUGUGGGCCCUGGCCCUGCUGGGCUCCGCCUGGGCGGCUCUGACCCUGGGACCGGGCAGCCGGGCCCUGCCCCCGCCGUGGCACCAGGUCCUGGGCCCCCUGCCCGCCUACCUGCUGGUGGUCGCCGGUUGCUACGCGCUGGGCACCGUGGGCUACCGCGUGGCCCGCUUCAAUGACUGCGAGGACGCCGCCCGCGAGCUGCAGGCCCAGAUCCGCCAGGCCCGAGCCGACCUGGGACGCAAGGGCUUACGCUUCUGACCGAGACCCCCUCGCUCCCGGGGCGAGUCUCCCCCUCUCCCCUGCCCAUCAAUAAAAGUCCACGUUUCUCACCGGG